AUGCCGAAAUACAAGGCGGCUCAUCGGAAGCGGGCUUUGGUCACACCAGAAGCCUCUUCCAAAGUCCCUGAGGAAGGAAGACAAUGCUAUGUCAGCCUCUUUGUUGAGAAGUAUUUGCGAGUUUAUAAAACAGAGGAUGAGGCUCUUAAGAAGGCUAAAAUAGAAGAAAAGGCCAUUUAUGAACACUGUGGCAGUAGAAAUAUGUAUGUGAACAUAGCAAUAAAUACUCUUAAGAAGCUGAGACAUCAAGUACUCACAGGAAUUAUUCUCUACAGACAUCUGAAAGACUACCUUCUAACUGAAGAACAGUUACAUGAAAAUAACUAUCCCCAGCCCAACCCUGACAAACCAGGAAGUAUUCUUUUCACCUCAGGCAUGACAAAAGCACUUGUAAAUGACACUUCCAGGAAGAUAUGUUGUCGUUGUGGGAAGAUACGUGGUGUGAUGCCCACAGGCAAACACAGCAGAGUAGAAGAAUGUAACUACCACUUGGGCCCCGUACUGAGUCAUAAAGUCCUCGGUGGCUUAGAGACACGGUACAGCUGUUGUGAAGGUGUCCUUGGAUCUGCCGGCUGUCAGGUUGCCAAGCUUCACGUUCAUGGCUGGAAAGAAAACAUAGAGGGCUUCAUGAAGACUUUCGUCAAGUGCCCACCCGCCGAUGGUAAUCCCAGUGUAUUUGCUGUGAAUUGUGAGGUGCUAAUUCAUACUUCAGUUGUGGACACGACAGUUCUGUUUCCUCAUUGGCUAGGCUUGCCUCACAAAAGAUCCCUCAAGAGUCUAGUGGCUGACCACCUGCAGAGGAUCAUUCAGGACAAUGUCCUGCGAGCUGGAACGAGCAUGUCUGGUAGAGUACCACACCCACUGCGCUACGGGCAUCUUACCGACGGAGCUGGAGGACGGUAACUUGAAAGACAUCUGGAAAGACCUAGGAGAAACAUUCC